AUGAUCGUACCGACUGAUGAGGACAUCGACAGUGUUAUCAGCAUCCUGGGGUUGGAUACGCGGGAUCGGAAUGUGGUCUCCUCCGCCCUACAGGCCAAGAACAACAAUAUCGAGCAAGUUGUCAACGAGUAUUUCGAUAAUCCUUCGAAAUUCAAUCAGCAGUAUGCCUGGAACGAGGAUAUGUUCUCGGCAGAACGAGAUGGAUCCACGGACCACCAGGUUCCAUCGUUCUCCAUUCACCCACCAGACAGCAGCCAAGUGAUUCAAGGCGUGGAACCAAGCUACUACGGCGCAGGCGCGCCUUCCCGCCCGCCCUCGAGAACGAACAACCGAUCCCCCCUCAGUAAGCUCGUCGCGUACACGGCCGACCAUUCCACCGGUGAAUACCUAGGUGCCACUUUGCCAACCAGUUCCGAACAGGAAGACGCCGACCUCCAACGAGCCAUUGCCGAGUCCGUUGCCACUUCCGGAAUGCAGUCCCCACAACCUCUACCACAAGAGUCCGGCAUAACUCAAGCCAUGGGCCAGGCCGACACGAGUCUCCCAUACUUCGGCCCGGCGACCCGUCCGGGCUACGAGCAGGAUCAGUGGGCCAUGGUAACUCUGAACCGAGAGACGCCCGAGCCGGGACCGUCGCGUAGGAAACGAGGUCCUGGCGUGCCGGCCUUUCUGAGAUGCCGCAGAGAUAAUUCGUGGGAGAGGCACCGCUUGGGGGCCAUCCUAACCAUCUUUCACUCAAUACCCGCAGCUAGGAAUGUCCUCCUGCGCUCCGGGGAACCGGCACAAAGCUAUGGCCAUAAUUCUGAGUGGUGGAAAGGAGGGCGAAUCCUCCGGCCCGCUGCGCAGGGCGCGCAAAAUGUCGCAGCGUGGACCUGGGAAGAUGAGGCGAGUGUUGGGUGGUCUGAAGAAUUGCAUCGACUCAUGGCCUUUCUCGAUGCGACGGAACGAAGCUACGGAACCGCCGAUCUGCUGUCCGAGACAAGUCCCGACGGCAGUAUGUCAUCGGGCGAUUGCGAGAAGGACUUUUUCGAACACAUCCGUAACGAGCCGGGGAACCUGGAAAAGAUGUCACCGUUGAUGGCAACGGCCGAGGUUGUCAAGGUCGUCGGCGAUGAGCCAGGGCCAGUUAAUGAAUGGGGUCUGCUGGAGCCCUCCUUUCCGAAGGAGCAGUUGAUGACGGCGGAGAAUCUCUACAAUAUUUGGGACAUGAUAUUCUUCAUGGACGUAGGUCUCUCCGCCGAUCUUGACUCAGCCAGGAUGGCCAUGAUCACCCAUCCGGCCGAAGUAAUGACGAUUCGGUUCGGCGGCGACGAUACCUUCCCAAGGCCAAUCACGAUCCCCCAGACUUUUUACAUCGAUCGCUACCUGGCCAGCAACAGGGAGGAGAUGUCUCGGCUACAGCGGGAUAUGUCCAUUCUGGCCCAGGGAGUCGUGCAGGCUCAAAAGGCCGAGGAUUCGCUCACAACAUUUGUCGUUCCUACGAGCGGAGCUAAAGCGGAUCGUGUAACCCUGUGCAAGCGGGCCAUUGCCAAGUACAAGGACUACAUAUGGAAACUCAAGGCUUCAGCGCGCUGGAGAAAACACGAGGAAGCCCGGAAAGCCGGGGACGACUCCCCGUACUUCCCAAUGAACCGGGAUGAGGAUAUUGAGUACGACGUCGAGUUCACUCCGGAGGAGUCCAAGAUGAAGCGUGCCUUCGAGGCCGAAAUCAAGUUCUACCAGCGCAAACUGUUGGAUAUAGAGCGCAAGUUGCAGAGAAUCAACGACCGGAAGAAAGCAUGUGAAGAAGUCUUCCGUGAGCUUGGGGCUGUCCUUACGGCUCCUUCCGAGGACCCGAAAUAUAACCCCACCCAUGCGUACACCCUUCGCGGAGUUGCGAGCUCACCCGACACAUUCUUUGUGUGUCUACGAGCAGAGCCCGACCUUAUGGAGCUCGAUGGGCCCGAGGGUGCUUCCGCAACCGCGGAACAGUGGUGGAAACUCGGCUAUGUUGCGGACGAUGAGCAACCGGCCAAGGCCGAGAUGACCACCUAUGAAAAGGCCAUGGAGGAAGCGUGCGGAGUUGGCAGUAAGCCUAUUCUAAUCUACGCAUCCAACAAGGCACUGGAAGAGGAUCGUGACCCUCUAUCAGAUGCCCUCCAGACCUUUGUGCGGUUCGACAACCGCCUCUUCAGACAGGAGUUGAAGGAAGAGAGCCCGCAGGAGAGGAAAAGGGGCGCCUUCGGCUCGCCGUCUUCGCCGUCAAAGCGGCGGAACCGAUCCAGCAGCGUCGACUCGAUGGCCACCAACCUCGGGUCCACUGGGGGGGACCUUGACGACGACAUGCGAGAUGCGCCUUUCGAGUUCGACGAUCCAUUCCCGGGCGGCGGCGGAUCCGAGGGGACGGAGCUGCGGGAGCUCGUCGACACCUCGGUGCCAGCCGAGACGCCCACCACCAAACCCCAGGCCGAAUACCCGAACCCUUCCCAGUCGGAUGGCCGGGAGCUCGAGUCGCCGACUUCCCAUUCCGAUUCAGCUGGUCCCGCUGACGCGUCGCUGGACGAGGUCAGCGUCGGCGCCGGCGCGGAACGACCCCCGCCCGAGCUGCCACCGCGCACGAACAUUCCCGCCGAGGCGGCCGAACAACACCAAGAACAGCAACAACAACCAGAACAGCAGCAGCAGCAGCCCAGGAGCCCCGAGAUGCAGGAGCGCAAGGGCGCUUCUUUCUUCGUCCCACCCUCCAACAGCAGCAAGGCGGCUUCCAUGUUUAUGGAGCUGGAUGAUCACCAUGAUGAUCGAUAA